CUAAAACGUCGGCGGUGUUUUGUUUGGACGUUUGUGGAGUUUCUAACGAGAUAUAUCGAAACGUAGUUCGAUUCUAAAUAAUCAACUUUAACUAAAGUGUCAUAAAUGAGUGAAUGCGUGUUGAUCGUAAAGACAACGUGGCUGUGAUUGUGAGACUAGCAGAUGAUCGGAGCUGCUGCUGUUCAGAGGACUUUGGUGUUUGUUGGAGCUGAAGAUCUUCUGCAGCUGCAGGAACCAUGUCUUCAUUUGCUCAGAAAGAUUCUGACAGAGAACAACUUUCUGCUGCUGAAGAAACCUUCAGACUCUGUGAAGGAACCAUCAUCCAGAAUGAGAAUGAGGAGCUCUGUGGUCAGCGCAGACUGCUGGAUAUCACCUGGAACCCGCAGCUUCAGCUUCACCUUCUAGUCCUCCCCCAGCAUUGGGCGACUGAGGAGGAAGAUCUCUGGAACCAGCAGAGGAACUUCAGAGAGGAACAAGAGGAUCUAGAACCUCCACAGACUAAAGAGGAACUGAAGGAACCAGAACCUCAGCAGAUUGAAAUGAAACAGGAGGAAACUGAACCUCCACAGAUCAAAGAGGAACAGGAAGAACGAGAAACUCCACAGAUUGAAAUGAAACAGGAGAAACCAGAACCUCCAUGGGUUAAAGAGGAGCACGAACACAUCUGCAUCAGUCAGGAUGAAGAGCAGCUUAAUCUAAAGCAGGAGAUUGAUACAUUGAGGGAGAUUCACAAUGAAGCAGAUCUAAACAAACAGAAGAGCUACAGUGUAACGGAGAGUCAGGAAGAAGAAGGAAACCAACAUGAAGAAUCAACAUCAACUACAGAAAGAGAGAGAGACCCACAGAACAGAAAUCAGAGGAAGAAAAGAGACAGAAGUCAUGUCCAAAGUGUGGCCAGCUCUCACAUGUCAGAAAGUCAGAGUGACUCUGAUGUUGGAAGAAAAUCCAAGAAGGAAACUUCAGUAGAGGAACACAAACAAUCUCCUAAAGAAAAGAUCUGUUCCUCUGUUAAGUCUGGUAAAGGAUUAAUAAUUUCACACAAUGUGUCUGCCCACAUGAAAGCUGAAUCUGAUAGAAGACCUCAUGUCUGUGAAGAAUGUGGUAAAAGUUUUGGUUACUUGUCCCAGUUAAAAUCUCACAUGAUAAGUCACACAAGAAAGAAGCCUUUUAGUUGUCAAGAAUGUGAUAAAAGUUUUAUUCAUAAAGGUGAUCUUAGAAGACACAUAAGAACUCACACAGGAGAGAAGCCUUUUAGUUGUCAAGAAUGUGAUAAAAGUUUUAGUCUGAUGCCUUAUCUCAAAAGACACAUAAAAACUCAUACAGGAGAGAAGCCUUUUUGUUGUCAAGAAUGUAAUAAAGGUUUCAGUCGAAUAACUAGUCUCAAAUUACACAUAAGAACUCAUACAGGAGAGAAGCCUUUUUGUUGUCAAGAAUGUGAUAAACAUUUUAGUCAGCGGUCUCAUCUCAAUAUACACAUGAGAACUCACACAGGAGAGAAGCCUUUUUGUUGUAAAGAAUGUGAUAAAAGUUUUAGUCAUAUAUCUAAUCUCAAGACUCAUAUGAGAACUCAUACAGGGCACAAGCCUUAUCGCUGUCAAGACUGUGAUAAAAGUUUUAGUGACCGAUCUGGUUUCAGUAGACACGUGAGAAUUCAUACCAGAGAGAAGCCUUUUUGUUGUGAAGAAUGUGAUAAAAGUUUUAGUCAUGUAUCUAAUCUCAAGACUCAUAUGAGAACUCAUACAGGAGAAAAGCCUUUUUGCUGUCAAGUCUGUAAUAAAAGUUUUAGUGACCGAUCUGUUUUCAGUAGACACGUGAGAAUUCAUACCAGAGAGAAGCCUUUUUGUUGCCAAGAAUGUGAUAAAAGUUUUAUACAAAUAUCUGAUCUUAAAAAACACACAAGAAUUCAUACCGGAGAGAAGCCUUUUAGUUACAAGUUUCCAUCAAACGUCUAAUACACACAUGAGGACUCACACAGGAGACGUUUUGUUGUAAAGAAUGUGAUCAAAGUUUUUGUCAUGCUUUUGGCCUCCCCAUGGCACACGACAAUUACCACAAAAGGAUAGGAAAUGACUAAGCUCAUUUAAAAUUUGAUUCAAGAUUCAAGAUAACUUUAUUAGCUCUACCUUAAUUAGGGUAAAUUAUUUGUUUUUCAGUACAAUCCAGAACAAGUCAAACAGAGAGGUACACAGACAAUUUGGGGUUCACUGUGAACGCAGCAAACUGAAGAGCGCCCCUUAUUAGCAUGGGAA